GAUAAAAGUUUACAAAACGCGGCAAAAACAACAAAAGUUGUAUUUGUAUAUUAUAUUUUAAUAAACAGCUUUUGUUAGUAGUGGUGUGUAAACAAUAUAUAAAAUGACUACGACGCCAACAAAAAUACACACAGCUGCCGGAGAGUACAAGACACCAAAGAAACAGAAAGAUGCAAAACGGCGUCUGAAAUCGACUGAGUUAGUAAACUCCGACGGUUCAAGUGCCGCUGAGCCCGAGGAGCAGACACGCACACGACGCUCCACACGCAGACCGAGCCCCACUAAGAAGUAUAAAGAGUACAAGGCCAAGUCCGGUGGGCAGCGUGACGUCAACUAUACGGAGAAUGAGUCCCAGUCUGAAGAAGAUGAUGAAGAAGAAAACAUGGGUACCGCAAAGCCAAAUUCACGGGAUCUGCAGCUAAUACAAGCCGACUACAAUGUAGCGGGCACAAGCUUAUUCGGCUUUAACACGCCUAAGAAGCGCGAUGCUAUGGCGUUAGCUGCACUUAAUGCCACGCCCAGCACGCCGAAAACGCCAAAGACGCCGCGACUGGGCGUCAAGACUCCAGACACGAAACGCAAAAAGGCAGAUCAGCCCAAGACUCCGGCACACGUCAGAACUAGGGUGAAACAACAGAUUGCCAAAAUUGUGGCUGACUCCGAUGAGGAUUUCUCUGCGGAUGACAGCGACUUUCGUCCAGACGAUGACAAUUCCUCAAGUAGCAGCAGCAGCAGUGAAGACGGUAGCAGUUCCGAGAACGAUGGCGCAGAUGAUGAGUCCAAGACACCAUCAAAGGCUCGUCGCGCAAUAGUCGUUCCGGUGCUGCCGAAGACGCCAUCAGCUGCUCGCCAGCGGCAAUCGGCGCGGGUAAAGAGAUCGAAUGAGUUCGUACCCGAGAGCGAUGGCUACUUUCACUCUCAUGCCAGCAGCAAGAUUCUCACGUCGGAUCACACGCUGGAUCGCUUGAAGAAUCCACGAUUAGCCGCGGAUCGUUUGUUCAGCCUGCUGGCCGAUAUGAAAGCCUCGCCAGAGCACGAGAUGGCCAUCAAUGCCAUUAUGGAGGAGUAUCGCUCGUACUUUGCCAAAUGGAUGUGCAUUCUCAACGAAGGCUUCAACAUUCUGCUCUACGGCCUCGGCUCAAAGCGGCAAUUGCUGCAAUCCUUUCAUCGUGAGAUUCUCGCCCAGCAAACGGUGCUGGUGAUCAAUGGCUUCUUUCCCAGCCUGACUCUGAAGGACGUCUUGGAUAGUAUUACCAGCGAGAUUCUAGAUGCUGGCCCGAGUCCAGCGAAUGCACACGAGGCCGUCGACAUGAUCGAGGAGGAGUUUGCACUGAUACCCGAAACACAUCUCUUUCUGAUCGUUCACAAUCUAGACGGCGCUAUGCUGCGCAACGUCAAGGCUCAGGACAUUCUAUCCAGACUGGCACGCGUGCCCAACAUUCACCUAUUGGCCUCGAUUGAUCAUAUCAAUACACCUUUGCUUUGGGACCAGAACAAGCUGAGCAACUUUAACUUCUCCUGGUGGGAUUGCACCACCAUGCUGCCCUACACGGACGAGACGGCCUUCGAGAACUCAUUGCUGGUGCAGAACUCUGGCGAAUUGGCGCUCUCUUCGCUGCGCAGCGUCUUCUCCUCGCUGACGACGAACUCGCGCGGCAUUUACAUGCUGAUUGUCAAGUAUCAGCUGAAGAACAAGGGCAAUGCCAACUAUCAGGGCAUGCCCUUCAAGGACCUCUACUGGAGCUGUCGCGAGGCCUUUCUGGUUAGCUCCGACCUGGCACUGCGCGCCCAGCUGACAGAGUUUCUGGAUCACAAACUGGUCAAGUCGAAGCGCAGUGUGGAUGGCUCCGAGCAGCUGAACAUACCAAUCGAUGCCUCGCUCCUGCAACAGUUUCUCGACGAGCAGGAGAAGAAAUAGGCGCAACAUAUUUAGAACAUAUUAAUUUAUUAUCUAAUUUGUUAAAUACAAUUACAAUGUCACUUUAAAAA